UAUUUGUGGACAGGAUGAUGGAUUGACAUGUCAGAACCACUAGUCCACUACUCUUUUUUCAGCGAUGGUGAUUCCAGCAGCGCUGCUGCUGCUGAUGUUGCAGCUCAUCUCCUCGGCGGAUGCUCAGCUCGGAGGUGCAGGCCCGGCGCCGGGCUGCCCGACCACCUGCGGCAACGUGACCGUCCCCUACCCGUUCGGAAUUCGCGACGGCUGCUUCCUCCCCGGCUUCAACCUCACCUGCGACCAAACCCGGCGUCCGCCGAGGCUGCUGCUCGGCGAUGACGGCGCCCUCGAGGUCGUGGAGAUCUCGCUCGUCAACUCCACGGUGCGCGCCAUGGACACUGCUGGCGCCGUGAACAUCAGCAACUUCGUCGGCCCGGGGCCAGAAGGCAACGGCACCUGGCGCGGGCUCGGCUCCGCCAGCAACAGCCCGUUCAUCCUCUCCGAGCGGCGCAACCAGUUCGUGGUGACCGGGUGCAACGUGCAGGGGACGCUGCUUGGGGACAGCGGCAACAUCAUCACCGGCUGCUCCUCCUUCUGCUCCAUCCGCGACACCUGGAUAAACCCCGUGGUGAGCAGCCCCGCCAGCGGCGGCGGAUGCUCCGGCAUCGGCUGCUGCGAGACUCCCAUCCCGAUCGGCCGCCCCUCCUACGCCGUCAAGCUCAAGGCCCUGGACCCGAACCACGAGAACGACGGCAUGCUGCCUAUGGCGGUGCGCGUCGCGGAGCAGGGCUGGUUCGACGGCGUCGCCGCGCAGAUGCUCAACGGGUCGGUGGCGAGCAGCAGCGUGCUCCAGACGGCGGUGCCGGUAAUGCUGGAGUGGGCGGUGGCGUCAAUCAUGAUAGUGCCGCCGCACGCCAACGGCAUCGGCAACUCGUCGUGUCCCGUUGACGCGGCGAGGAGCGCGUGCCGCAGCAGCCACAGCACCUGCCGCAACGUCACCGACAACUACCGGACUGGAUAUGUGUGCCAGUGUCAGGACGGGUACGCCGGCAACCCCUACCUUGCCGGUGACGGCGGAUGCCAAGAUAUUGACGAGUGCGCGCUCCCGGGGAAGUGUUUCGGCGUGUGUACAAACAUUGCUGGAGGGUACGAGUGCCGGUGCCCACGCGGUGCUCGUGGCAACCCGUUCAUGGCAAAUGGCUGUAUCAAAUCUUCUCUAGGGCUAAGUAUUGGCCUUGGAGUUGGUAGUGGGGCAGGUCUUCUGGUCCUGGUACUCGGUGCUGCCUUUAUGACACGUAGGAUUAAGCAUCAGAGGGCAAGAAUGCUGAAGCAGAAGUUCUUCAAGCAGAACCGUGGGCAUUUGUUGAAACAAUUGGUAUCCCAAAAUGCAGAUAUUGCUGAGAGGAUGAUCAUCCCCUUGGUAGAACUGGAGAAAGCCACAAACAAUUUCGACAAAGAUCGCGAGCUUGGUGGAGGAGGGCACGGUACUGUCUACAAAGGGAUAUUAUCAGACCUGCACGUUGUUGCGAUCAAAAAGUCGAAGGUGGCAAUCCAAAGAGAGAUUGACGAAUUCAUAAAUGAGGUAGCCAUUCUCUCACAGAUCAACCACAGGAAUGUGGUAAGACUUUUUGGCUGCUGCCUCGAGACCGAAGUGCCACUUUUGGUGUAUGAAUUCAUUUCAAAUGGCACGCUUUAUGACCAUCUUCACGUCCAAGGACCAACAUCAUUACCAUGGCAGAAUAGGCUGAGAAUUGCGACAGAAACCGCCAGAGCCCUUGCCUACCUUCACAUGGCCGUGUCUGUCCCUAUAGUUCAUAGGGAUGUAAAGUCUCAUAACAUUCUAUUGGAUGACUCUCUAACAGCUAAAGUGUCGGACUUUGGAGCUUCAAGGUGCAUUCCACCUGAUCAAACUGGUGUUGCAACGGCUAUCCAAGGAACACUAGGAUACCUAGAUCCUAUGUACUACUACACCGGUAGACUGACCGAGAAGAGCGACGUUUAUAGCUUUGGUGUUGUUCUAAUAGAGUUGCUCACUAGAAAGAAACCGUAUUUAUACAGAUCACCUGAGGAUGAUAGCCUAAUUGCUCAAUUCACUUCCUUGGUUACACAUGGCAAUUUGUCUGAUGUACUUGAUCCACAAAUUAUGGAGGAGGGAGGCAAAGAAGUCAGCGAAGUAGCUUCAUUGGCAACAGUAUGUGUGAAGCUAAAAGCGGAGGAUCGGCCAACCAUGAGACAGGUGGAGAUGACCCUUGAAAGCAUUCAAGAAUCACUACAAGUUAAACUGCAUAGUGUGGGUACAAAGAUAUCCGAGGAUAAACAAAUGGCAGUGACCCUUCCAACAAUGGAGGGUAGAAGCAGCAAAGAGUCAAGUAGGCAGUACAGUCUUGAAGAAGAGUACUUGUUGUCAUCGAGGUAUCCCCGUUAGCGGUUUCUUAUAACGAUGAACAUGUAAAGGCUUUAUAUUCAUGGUUCCGAAGCCUAUUGUGGUUUUGAUUAUUUUCAAAGGUGAAAUCAUACAUGGUAUGUUGAAUGUACUUCUCAAGAUAAUAACGUGGUAUAUCCAUCUGUAUGUGGUAUAUUUGUUUGGAAAAAAGUAAAUAUUAGAGUCACAGAAAUUAUUUUUAUCUAA